AGAUCUACCUGAGUGUAAUGUGGCAUGAUGGGACGCUGGGCGUGGCUUACUACAGCUCAGAGACAGCUGAGAUCUAUAUCAUGAAUGAUACCAUGGAAACAAACAACUAUUCACUGCUGAAAAAAGUCUGCCAUCAGCUGCAGCCGUGCUGCGUCAUCGCGAGCUCUAAGGCCAACGAGAGACUCCUCCUCAUGCUGCGGGAUCUGGGUGGAGUUGACUCGUGCUUUGGUGCUAGUGAGGUCUUGCCUGAGGAUAGUAGCAACCGACUAAUUGAUGUACAGCUCCUCCCAAGCUUAGAUUUCUCUCUGGAAGUAUGUAAGAGGAGAGUGCUAUCCAUCAGUCUACCAUCCAUUCCAGAGCAUUUCACAGAGACAGACAGGACCAUCUACAUGUCUUCACUGCUCUCAUUUGAUGCCACCUGCAUGAUCCGUGCCACUGGAGGACUUCUGAAGUUCUUGGAGAAGAAGAGGAUCGGAGUGGAGUUGGAGCGAUCUGAUGUUUCCAGUCCGGUCCUGAACAUCAAGACAUUUUCCUUGUCCGAUAUGGUAAGCAUUGAUGUCAAUACAUACAGCAGUCUUCAGAUCUUCCAGAAGGAGAGUCAUCCAUCCGUCUAUAAAUCUGGUGGCAGUGGCGCUAAGGAGGGACUAAGUCUAUUUGGGAUCUUGAACAGAACAAGAUCAGUCAUUGGCAGUAGGCUUAUGAGACUAUGGUUCUUGCGGCCGUCUCGUAAUCUGGACCUUCUUCGAGAGCGCCAGGAAGCUGUUUCUUUCUUCUUAAAUCCUAAGAACGCUGAGGUCACCGGGUCACUUCAGAAUUGCCUCAAGAAUGUUAAGAAUGUUCCGAGAAUCUUCAAGCAGAUGCAGCAAGCACAAGCCUCCAUGACAGACUGGCAGUCCCUCUACAAGACAGCCUACAAUGCCAUCGAUAUUGCUGAGAUAUGUCGAGCACAGAGAGCUGAUGUACCCAUUUUCAAGAAGAUCACAGAAGCCUUCACUGAUGAUAUCCACCAAGUUGCUGCAGCCAUCAGUCAGCUGGUGGACUUUGAAGAAUCGUUUGCCCAGAACCGUUUCAUUGUGAAGCCACAUGUAGAUGAGGAACUCGAUCAAAGAAAGCGGACCUACAGCACUCUACCGAGCUUGAUGACAACUGUAGCCAGAGAAGAGCUUGAUAGACUUGGACCACACAUAGAAGAGUGUUCUAUCAUAUAUGUACCUCAGCUUGGGUAUUUGUUGGCCUUACCAUGUACCCAACACAUGACAGAAACCAAGGACUUCACAAUUGAGGGCUUACAAUUCAUGUUCAUGUCCAACAAUACCGUUCAUUACAAGAGUGCUAGAACAAGAGCCCUUGAUGUGAAGCUAGGCGACACCCAUUGUGACAUCACUGACCAUGAGACACAGAUCAUGCAUCAGCUACAGAAUGAUAUCCUUCUAAGAUCACAGGUCUUCUAUGCUAUCAUGGACUAUGCUGCUGAACUAGACUGUUUGAUAGCCAUUGCCAUCGCUGCCAAGGAAGGCAACUACGUCCGGCCUGAGCUCACCCACGGCAGUCAGUUGGACAUCAUCGGGGGACGUCACCCUCUACAGGAGCUGUGUGUCACCCCCUUUGUACCUAACAAUGCACACUUUGGAGGGGACCAUACCAGGAUCAAGGUCAUUACUGGUCCCAAUGCAAGCGGGAAGAGCAUCUACCUUAAACAGGUUGGUUUGAUAGCAUUCAUGGCUCUGAUUGGUAGCUUCGUACCGGCCGAGAAGGCAAGCAUUGGUAUGCUAGAUGGCAUCUACACUCGAGUUCACACACAAGAAUCUGUAUCAGUGGGACUAUCAACAUUCAUGAUAGACCUCAAUCAGCUAUCUGCUGCCGUCCGUGAUGCAACUAAGAACUCUCUGGUGAUCGUCGAUGAGUUUGGAAGGAGCACAGAUACAGUGGAUGGUCUCUCACUGCUGGUGGCUUGUAUUAAACACUGGGAAGGCAAAGGAUCUGACUGUCCAAACCUGAUGGUUUCAACUCACUUCCAUGCCAUCGUCAGAGAAGGGCUGCUACCAGCAUCGCAACAACUCUCUUAUCAGACCAUGGAGGUGCUUGAAAAUGAUGGUGAAUUGGUUUUUCUGUACGAGCUGACCGAUGGACAUGCUAACUACAGCCAUGCUAGCCACAUAGCACUGACCGCUGGUCUUCCAGAAGAACUGGUCAAGAGGGGUACAAAGGUCUCUAAACUUCUGAGAGAGAACCAACCAAUCCUGAGGGUAGACUCCUCAAGCUCCGAGACCCAGUUUGACAGGUACAAGGAGAUUCUAGCCAAGUUCCUGGAUCUAGACCUGGACUUUGAUGAUCUUACAGGAUUCCUGAGGGAACAGGUUCUCUCUAGUCCUUCCUCAGCAUCAAACAAAUCCUGAGUCAGUCUAAGGAUGUGUCAGUGAUGCUGAGAGAGUAUCAUGAUUUGUUUACUUUGCUUAUUUUGACGUUUGUGAUGUCUUGGAAACAUGAUUUACACUUGUAAAAGUCAUUUACUUUUAAUGUGAUCGUGAUCAGUGAGUAUGUGGUUUCUCAUAAUAUAACUAAGUUUUGGAGUUAUGGAUAUAAAUUUACUUCAUAUUUGACCUUAUUCUAAUCAAUAGUGGGGGUUAUUAACUUUCUACAAGGAUCAGAUAUGCUAAAAUCUUACGUGUGAUGUUGUGGAAACAUGAUUUACACUUGUAAAAGUCAUUUACUUUUAAUGUGAUCGUGAUCAGUGAGUAUAUGGUUUCUCAUAAUAUAACUAAGUUUUGGAGUUAUGGAUAUAAAUUUACUUCAUAUUUGACCUUAUUCUAAUCAAUAGUGGGGGUUAUUAACUUUCUACAAGGAUCAGAUAUGCUAAAAUCUUAUGUGUGAUGUUGUGGAAACAUGAUUUACACUUGUAAAAGUCAUUUACUUUUAAUGUGAUCGUGAUCAGUGAGUAUAUGGUUUCUCAUAAUAUAACUAAGUUUUGGAGUUAUGGAUAUAAAUUUACUUCAUAUUUGACCUUAUUCUAAUCAAUAGUGGGGUUAUUAACUUUAUUCAAAGAUCAGAUAUGCUAAAAAAUCUUACAUGUGGUCAAUA